CUGCCUUAAAGUUAAAGGUUUAUCGCUGGUUAACAACCAAAUUGAGAGGUGUGUCGCGGUUUGUUUUUGACUGAUUUAUCAUAUAUACAUAGACUCGGUCUAAAGAGUUUCUAUAAAUAUUUGCUCAUAUUGCUUUACCACAGUGCAACCGUGUUUUUUAUUGCAGUUUUUUCAAUACAAUGCAAAUUGGUUCGAAAAAAUGGCCCUGACGCCUAGUGACGAUAGAUCGGAGUUUGAUUUUGAAAAUUUGAAAUUUUAUUUGCCGCCAUCGAUCAGCGGCGAUGUACCUUACCUUAAGAAUAUGUUGUUCAGGUACUUGGAAGCCGAAUUUCCACCUAAAACCAAUACGGUAGUCUAUCACGUACCCAAAGAUUUUCAAAGGGCAGGUGAAAAACAAGGUUGCCAAGCAGAGGAUUUAGUUUUUCAGAGGCUGAAGAAUUUAAUUUCGCUGGAAAUACCAAACUUAUGGAUUAUGUUUUUCCAUAGCGCCGCUUAUGGUGGUUAUUCGAAUAGGAACCAGAGAUUGGGCAAGUUGAUGAUACGCGAACACGAUUUCGUAGUUUUUAUCAAAUAUAAAGAUCAGCACUUCGUUCUUCUAAUAGAAGUGAAAUCCACGCACGACAAAGCAACAAUAAAAGACAAUUUAGAAGUAACCGCAGAUUCGAAAGUUAUUAAAAACAAUAAAAGAUCCGCUCAGCAUCAGCUAAGAGACCAUUUGGAAAUUUUACAAAACGGUUUGGGUUACGAUGUCAGUCCGGAAAUCCAAACUUACAUCAUGUGGCCCUUUUUAGGGCAAUUCACCAAAGAUCCUAAACAGCAGAUUAUCAAAAGGUGGGCCGAAGAUAAAAAUUUACACGUUUACGAAAAUGUCCUCUCGGACCAAAAAGCUUUCAAUAUUUGGUUUCUGCAGGAAGUGAUUUGUCAGAAGGUCUGCUCAGAAAAGACUUUUGCUCACUUGUUAACCAGAUACAUUGUAUUAAGCUGUGGCAUUUUCAUGGAUGAAAUCGAUCUAGACAUGCUCGUUUUGCUCACGCAGCAACAACUAACUGUACUUUCCAGCACUGAAUGUAAAAGGGGAGGCUCACUGGUCGUUCAUGGUAUAGCUGGUACCGGUAAAACUUUACUAAUCCUCAAGAAGCUGCAAUUACUUUACGAAACUGGAAAACUUAAUGCCGAAAACAGAGCCCUCUACAUCUGCUACUGGCCUGGAAUCAGAUGUGAAGUUAUCCAAAAAAUUAAAACAAUGGGCCUAGAGUCCUACGUAGACACAGCCCGUUUCUACAUUACUUCAACCGAUUUCCUAAAAGCCAACAAAACUAAAUACAAGCACAUAUUUAUGGAUGAAGCCGAAGCUAUAAUUUUAAGCUUCCAAGCUGAAAUAGUUGAAAAAACAUUUUACAGAAUUUACAAAAGUUAUCACGAUGGAAAUUGUCCUCGAAAAAAUUGUAGUUUGGCAAGUUUAGAAGCUUUUCAACAACAUUCAAUUUCGAAAUUGCUAAAGUUGCAUAUCGAAGAAAAAAUUGCGUGGGGUGAGCUUUGGUUCAUGGUUGAUACUAAUCAAGCUUUGAUGUUUUUACCAAAGCACUCGCCGAAUUUUUUGAAAAAGCCUCAUGUCAUUUUAAAUAAGCUUAUAAGAUCUACUAGCCAAAUAUGCAAUUUUUUCAGCUCCGUUACCAAACAAAACAUCACUGAAGAAGAAGUUAACUUUCCCAAAGCUGAAAAAGAACCACCUAUUUUUUGGGUACCAAGAACCACAAAUAUAACCGAUACGGUUUCACAAGUCAUCGUUGAUCUUUGUUCCACCAAAGGAAUUAAACCAAGCGACAUAUGCGUUAUGCCUUUUCUACAAAACGAACUCCUCACAGCGGAAGCUAUAAAUUUGCAAAUUUGCCAGAAAUUUGUCGAUAAAGCUUUUCAGCCUGUGGGCAUAGCUGACGUAGAAGAUUUUCUAACCAAUAGGACACCGAAUGAAUUUCUUAUCGCUUGGGCUUUAAGGGUUAAAGGCCUGGAAUUUAAAGUAGUCAUAAUGGUUAUAGACGAAGAUCAGUUUGAUAACGAGGAUGCGGAUGAUAGAAGGAAAAUUUAUGUCAUUUCUUCUAGAUGCACAUGUAUGUUGGUGGUAAUAAGUGAUGAAUAUGUGAGGAAAGCUACAGGAUUGGAUAAGUUUUCUGAAGAUUAUUGUUUUAAUAUUAAAUUUGAGUAUAAUAAUAAUUGAAAUGAUUAAGAUUAUAAGAAAUAUACAAUAUUCAAAGUGA